UCCACGCUAGACGUUGUACGCCGCAGUACGUUUGAAACGCUCUUUCUCUGUGUCGUUGUGCGCUGCCUUCACAGCUCUCGUGUGCUCUGCUCAUUUUGCAAUUGAUUUUUUUCGUUUUUUUGUUGUGUCCAAAGGAGAAAAGUAAUGCAAAUAACGUAUACAACUUGUUUAAACUUAAAAUCAAACACUAACUCAAAGUGAACACGAACAAUAAUCUGCAACUGCACUGCAAUAACAAACAAACAAACAAGCAAGCAACAAUAACAACAACAACUAGAACAGCAGCCGCAACAGCAAAACUAGACGACGAAAACGACUCCAGCGUUCAAAUAACUGUUAGCAAGAAAACAAAACAAACGAAAUAGUCGCAAUUAAUUGUGUAGCUAAAGAAACAGAACAUAUCCUGGUUCAUCAAGAGCGAGAAUCCUUGCCCUAAGAAGAAGCAGCUAUAGACGAAGGAGUUGCGCCGUGUACAGCGCGCGCAUAUAAAACAAAAGAAAAAAAGAGAGGGAAUUCAAAUUCAAAUUUGCGGAAGAAGCAGAAUUUUAACCGAAACAAUGGACUUUAUGAUGGCAAAUACAGGCGCCGCCGGCGUGGACACACAAGCCCAGCUAAUGCAGAGUGCAGCGGCCGCUGCGGCGGUGGCAGCCACAAAUGCCGCCGCGCCGGUUCAAAGUGCAGCAGCGGUGGCAGCAGCGGCACAAUUGCAACAGCAGCAGCAACAGGUGCAACAGGCGAUAUUGCAAGUGCAGCAGCAGCAGACACAGCAAGCGGUUGCCGCUGCCGCCGCUGCGGUGACGCAACAAUUGCAGCAGGCGCAAGUGGCGCAGCAGGCGGUGGUACAACAACAACAACAGCAACAGCAGCAGCAAGUCGUGCAGCAACAGCAGCAGCAAGUGCAACAGCAGCAGCAGCAAGUGCAACAGCAGCAACAGCAGCAAGUGCAGCAGCAGCAACAGCAAGUGCAGCAAGCUGUGGUUGCCGUCCAGCAACAGCAGCAGCAACAGCAACAACAGCAGCAACAGCAGCAGGUGCAGAGCAACACCAAUGGCAACGCUGGCGGGGCACAGAACGGCAGCAAUGGCAGCACAGAGACGCGCACAAAUCUCAUUGUCAACUACUUGCCACAGACGAUGACCGAGGACGAGAUCCGAUCGCUCUUCUCCAGCGUGGGCGAGAUCGAGUCGGUGAAACUGAUACGCGACAAGUCGCAGGUCUACAUUGAUCCACUCAAUCCCCAAGCGCCCAGCAAGGGCCAGAGUCUCGGCUAUGGCUUCGUCAACUAUGUGCGUCCCCAGGACGCCGAGCAGGCGGUGAAUGUACUCAAUGGCCUGCGAUUGCAGAACAAAACGAUUAAAGUGUCAUUUGCCCGACCCUCAUCCGAUGCCAUCAAGGGUGCCAAUCUGUAUGUGUCUGGGCUGCCCAAAACGAUGACCCAGCAGGAGCUGGAGGCGAUCUUUGCCCCAUUCGGUGCGAUCAUUACCUCACGCAUUCUGCAGAAUGCCGGCAACGAUACACAAACCAAAGGUGUGGGCUUCAUUCGCUUCGACAAGCGGGAGGAGGCCACCAGGGCGAUCAUUGCGCUGAAUGGCACCACACCGAGCAGCUGCACUGAUCCCAUUGUUGUUAAGUUCUCGAAUACGCCCGGCAGCACCAGCAAGAUCAUCCAGCCGCAAUUGCCCGCUUUCCUCAAUCCGCAACUUGUGCGACGCAUUGGCGGCGCCAUGCACACGCCUGUGAAUAAAGGACUCGCCCGCUUCUCGCCCAUGGCCGGCGACAUGCUUGACGUGAUGCUGCCCAAUGGCCUGGGCGCAGCUGCGGCGGCGGCAACAACGCUCGCCAGCGGACCUGGCGGAGCGUAUCCCAUAUUCAUUUACAACCUGGCUCCCGAAACCGAGGAGGCGGCGUUGUGGCAACUGUUUGGCCCAUUCGGGGCGGUGCAAUCGGUGAAGAUUGUCAAGGAUCCCACAACGAAUCAAUGCAAAGGCUACGGCUUUGUCUCGAUGACGAAUUACGACGAGGCGGCCAUGGCCAUAAGGGCACUUAACGGCUAUACCAUGGGCAAUCGUGUGCUGCAGGUCAGCUUUAAGACCAACAAGGCAAAGUAAACACCGCUACUGCAGACAGCAGACUGCAAUGCCACAGGAGAGCAAGUACACCCCUCAAAAUAGAAACAAAAAAUAAAAAACACCCUUAACUACACAAUACAAUUAUCUAGUUGACACAGAAGCAGAAGAGCAGAUGCAGAAGAAGCAGAGAAGAACUCACGUAUACAUAUUUAAAUAUGCAUGGUAUCAACUAAACUGGUAACUAAGCGCAACAAAAAACAGUAUGUGUAAAACACACACACACACACACACACACACACACACACAUAUAUGCAAACAAACACACACAAAGACGGACAGACAGACUGACGGACGGACAGACAGACAGACAGAGAGAAAGAGAGGCGGGCUUUUAGCCCAAGCCGAGGAGAAAAAUCUCGUCUAAACAACGAAACGGCGGCCAAAACGCCGUUGAGGCCGUUGCAAUAGCGAAAUUCUUGUUUAGCAUUUAAGUAAGCGAAGAACCUAAACUAAACUUAACUUGAGACAUCGUGUCGAUUGCAAUAUUUAACAAAACAAAACAAAAAAAAAACAAAAAAUACGAAAAAAAACAACAAAAACUAAACAAAAUUAGUCGCAAAGCAAAAAAAAAUAACAAAGAAAUCUACAAAACAAAAAAAAAAAACCAAAAA